AAAGACACUGAAGAAUGGCAAAAGCUCAACUAUGAUAUUUAUACCUUACGGCAGACCCGAAAAGAAGUGAGAAGCAGGUGGAAACACAUUUUGGAGGAUUUAGGUUUCCAGAAGGAAGCAGACUCCCUCUUGUCGGUGACCAAACUCAGCAUCAUUAGUGACUCCCAGAACAUGAGCAAAGCCCGGGACAUCCUGUUAAAGCUGUCUGAAGAGACAAACAUCUUCCCGACCAGCUGGGAGCUUUCUGAGCGCUACCUCUUUGUGGUGGAUCGGCUCAUAGCUCUGGACGCCGCGGACGAGUUCUUCAAGAUGGCCAGUGUCGUGUAUCCGAAAAGCCCCGCCGGCGGGGAGAGAGCGGACGACGGCCAGAAGGCCCCGCAGCCUGUCUCUGCCCUGAUGCCCUGA